AUGCCGAUUUCUAGUCUCCAGCCUGAUCUGAAAUCAAGCUCCUCCUCCCGUCCUUCAAAGUCAUGGUCGAUCGCAGCGACCGGGGACCUCUUGGGAGAUUUCAUCGACAGUGCAGACACCGACACCCUCGAACUCUGGGACCUGGUGCGUUCCGCAGACCACGCCUUCUUCAACAUGGAAGGCCAGGUCUUCCGUGACGCCGACUUUGAUGGAUAUCCAGCAUCCGAGAACGGAGCCGACAAUGGCUGGGGAGGCGUUGGCUGGGGGCCAACCUACAACCCUGAUCAGGUCCAUCUUUUGGCUUCAGCAGGCUUCAAUCUUGCUUCUCUAGCCAAUAAUCACGCAUGGGACUAUGAGGUGUUGGGAAUGACGACAACGCGCAAGAAUCUUCGCGACGCCGGUAUACAUUCUGCUGGUUGCGGCCUGUCUCUUGCCGAAGCCCAACAGGCAACGUACGUUGAUAGAAACGGUGUUCACCUCGCACUUGUAUGUGCGGCUGGAUCUCACACACCGCAGUCGGUUGCUGGGCCUGGUAAUGAAGCAGCCCUCCUCCGGCCUCGACCAGGUGUGAAUGUUGUCCGAGCCAAGCAUGUAACAGUGUUGAACGAAAGCGACUUUUCUGUCAUUCGGAACAUUGCAGUUGCUCAAGGCCAGAGUCUCACAGAACUCGAUACUGACAUAACUCUGCAUACGGGACAGCAUCCUCUUUUCUGGUCCCAAUGGCGUCGCGAUCAGACUGUAGACUCUCCGAGGCUAUCGUGGGAUAUCAACCAAUCUGACCUCGAAGGGUUGACAGCCUCCAUACGAGAGGCUAAGACCAAAUCCGAUGGAGUGAUCUUUUCCUUUCAUGCCCACGAGUCUGAGUCCGGGACGGCUGAUGCCUCAGUGCCGCUGCCACAAGCCUCAACCGUUCCGGCUUCUUACGUGGUCACUAUCAGCAAGGCCGCUGUCGACGCCGGUGCUAGUACCGUCUUAGUCCAUGGACCACAUCAUCUCCGCGGCAUUGAGAUCUAUAAGGGGCGGCCUGUUUUCUACGGCGUAGGGCACCUGACCUACAGUUUGGGACGAAGUUUUCGAGGGUAUGAGCUCCCUAUUGAAUGGGAUGAUGGCAUCAUUGCCUCCAUCAACUUUACCGCGGGGGCACUUUCCAGCAUAACGCUGCAACCCACGAUUCACAGCCAGCUAUCAGAUAGUGAAACGAAACUACCGAGCGACGCAAUGCCAAAAAUUGCGCCUGUCAGCGAGGCACAGCGCAUCCUAGAGCAUCUGAGGAAGGUGUCCAGUCAAUUUGGAACAGUGAUUAAGAUUGAACGUCGAGGCAAGACGUGCAUUGGCGUGGUUGACUUGGCGACCUGA